GCAAGAACAGGAAAGCCCAAGGACUCGACUGGUUGACGGAGAGAGAGGGGAAAGAGGGAGGGAGGAGAGAGAGAGAGAGAGAGGGAGAGGGAGAGAAUGGCGCGGCCGAUGCGUACGACGGCCGCCCCCGCCCCCGCCCCAUCCGCCACCGCGACGAUGACGGUGACGGUCGAGAACACGGCAUCAUCGUCGUCCUCUCAGAACACGACCCUGGUCCUGAAGCUGAACCGGAAGAAGAAGUCGGUGACAUGGAAGGAAGGCACUGUGGAUAAUGAGUUCAUGCAAAAGAAGAGCUCCAAGAAGUGCUGCAUCUUCCACAAGCAGAAGUCCUUCGACGAGGAUUACAGCAGCGACGAGGAAGGCGACGAUCACCACCACGACCGCCCCGACGGCGACCACCAUCGCCACGGCGGAGAUGCGUGCGGAUCUUGCUCGAACGGUUCUAGCUCGAAUUCCGCCGGCAAUAAUCAACCCAAUUGAUUGAAAUCGGAUUGAUUUUGACGCGAUAAUCAAGCCUACAGCGUUCGUCUGUCUCUUUUUUCACUUUUGCUGACAGACUCUGUGCAUAUGUACGAGUUGCGAUUGCACGACAUGAGAUUAGGGUUGCAAUCUCAUUGUGGCCGUAGACUCGCGUCCUGUAUCAUCUGUGCAAUCUGAUCUCGUAUUAGAUAGUCUCGACGAAUACAUCCCGCGGGAUUGAAAAUAUAUAUUGCCUCAUUCUGAUUUUACAUGUCUGGAUUGAAUUGUGAUGCUUUCCCCGUGUUCUUAAUCUACUUCGUUAUUCUCAUA